GUACGGUAACAUCCAGCAGUUACAGUGGAAUAAAGAAAAAUCCCAACCCCUCCGUAGGUUGUACCCACCCCCCAACCAAAUUCAUCAUCUUCUCAACUCUUCUUCAUCAAACAAACCUCAACCCUUUUUUUCUCUCCAUAUUCCAACCAACCCUACUCACUCAAACCCCCCCAAAAAACAUUAACAAAACGACGAACCCUAACCCUAACCCCUGAAAUCCCCUUUUCAAAAUAGCAAUUAGCAAUCACAAUUCCAGACCAUUCUCAACGAGUCGGCGUCGGAGUGUGGCAGUGGAGCAUUUUCCCUCAAUUGAGGAUUGCCCCAAACUCGAUGUUUUCAACCCCAUUUGUUCUGACAUUCUCUCUUCUUCUCUCUCUCCCAAUUCUCUUCUUCCUCGCACCGCGAAUUCUCCCUCCUCAUCCUCACACAAUCCCCAUUUCCCCGUCCGAUGAACUCGAUGAUAUCAACCUCUUCAACCGCGCCAUCGCACACUCUAAUUCCAACCCAAACAAUAACCCUUCAAAAUUCUUUCACCUUUCCUCCAAAAAACCCUCCCUGAAAAUCGCUUUCCUCUUCCUUACUAAUUCCGAUCUCCAUUUUUCCCCUCUCUGGGACCUCUUUUUCCACAACAUCCCGAAAAACCUCUUCAACAUUUACAUCCACGCAGACCCUUCCGUCAACCUCACGCGCCCCCUUUCCCCCCUUUUUGCCAACAAAUUCAUCCCCGCCAAACGCACCUUCCGGGCCUCCCCCACUCUCAUCUCCGCCACGCGCCGCCUCCUCGCCACCGCCCUCCUCGACGACCCCGCCAACGCCUACUUCGCCCUUCUCUCCCAACACUGCAUCCCGCUCCACUCCUUCACCUACCUCUACCGCUCCCUCUUCCUUUCCCCAACCUUCGAUUCCUCCGACCCUGAUUCCUCUCGCUUCGGUGUUCGCCUUCAAUACAAAAGCUUCCUCGAAAUUCUCUCCGAUUCCCCAAAACUAUGGAAACGCUACGUCGCUAGGGGUCGUUUUGCUAUGAUGCCAGAAGUUCCCUUUGAUCAGUUCCGCGUUGGAUCUCAGUUCUUCACCCUCACUCGUCGCCACGCUUUGCUUGUCAUCGAGGACCGAACCCUUUGGAGGAAAUUCAAGAUCCCCUGUUACCGUGAAGACGAGUGCUACCCAGAGGAGCAUUAUUUUCCCACGCUAUUUUCCAUGAUGGAUCUGGAUGGGUGUACUAAGUACACCCUCACCAGAGUUAAUUGGACCGGCACCGUCAAUGGUCACCCGUAUACAUAUCGGCCGGCUGAGGUGUCGUCGGAGCUCAUUCUCCGGCUGCGAAAGUCCAAUCAUUCCGAGUCUUACUUAUUUGCCCGGAAAUUCACCCCUGAUUGCUUGGAACCCUUGUUGCGCAUUGCCAAAUCUGUCAUUUUCAGGGAUUGAAAAAUUAACUCGGUGGAAAAGGUCGGUGAAGAGAUUUAUGGUGAGAAUAAGAUGAUAUUGCUUGCUGUUGCUGUGAAUGUAGCUUGACGGGGGUGUAUAGUUUGAAGAGGCACGAACGGCCCACAUCCUUAUAUAAUACUUGGAACUCCGAAAUUGAGAGACUCAAGAUUACGUUGACGAGGGCUCAAAUCAAAAUAGAAAGCCAAGAAACAGGUAAACACCUGCCUGAGUUGAAAAAAGAAAACCGGGUGCUCUAGUCAAGUGUAUUUAGUUGGUGCAAGUGCUUAAGUAAUUGCUAUAGAGGAUUAUGUACGUAGUUUUGCCUUUUGUGGACUGGUUUUGUACAUAUGAGUCUCGUAAAAACAUUGGUAAAAAAGGCCUACAAUGUUACUACUUUUGGACGAAAAAAUAGCUACUGUGCCAAAACUUGAGCAACAGUGGCUGGAAUUAUUGGAAAGAGAGAAAAAAAAAAAAGAUGCUAUGCCCAAAUUUGGCCAAUUGCUUCUCCAUUUUCCCGCUGUUCCCUUUGCAACCCUGCUAUUUUCAUCUCCUGUUUCUCGAUUCCACUGGCUGUCUAUUUUUUUUUUAGUUCUUUUUGUGUCUUUCUAUUAGUCUACGAUCCCUUCUUUGAAAAGAAAAGUAUCAAAUUUUCAUUGUAUUGGAUAAAUAUAUAAAAGAAUAAAUACAUCAUCGUGCAUAAUUUGUGUGUAGUAGUUAUGG